GGACAGUUAAAAAAUGACAGCGCGACUGAUGAAUGGUCACACAUUUUAGAAAUAAUCGUGUGACCUUAUGUCAUUUUGUAUAAAAUAGCGUAAAAUGAUCAAAUAAUAUUAAAUGGAAUCUUGUCAGCUUCGAAUAUGCUAUCGCGACUAAUCCGUCAGAUUUUGUUUGUUCUCGUGCAUUUUGUUGUUAACGUACUUGUUGCAGUUCAAAAUGUUUAUCACCGGUUAUGGGUUAGAAGAUGUAAGGUUCUUGAUGAUGAGGUGACGAAAAAUGAUGUUAUUAUGAUAAUGGACAACGUACCUAAAAUGAAGAAAAGUUUGAAGCAUUUAGUAGUGCUUGUCGACACGAAUCAUCAUUCUAUGAGUGAUUUAGCGCGUUUGGUGAUUUGGAGUCUAAUAACAGGAAUACCUUACGUCAGUUUCCACGAUAUCACCGGUGACUUGAAACAAAAUGAAGAAAAACUAUUUCUGGCUAUUGAAAAAAAGAAGAAAGGUAUACCAGGUUGCAUAAAAUGGUCAAACAAACCAGACUUAAAUGGCUACACUUACGGAAUGAAUGCAAAUAAUGUAUUUAUUAAUAUAUUUAGUUAUAAGGAUGGAAGGCCACAAAUAGUUGAGUGUGUAAGACAGAUAGCUAAAGGGUGUAUUAAUUGUGAAAAGAAAACAAAUGAAUUUACAACUGAAGAGUUUGGAAAGGUGUUAACUCAAAUGUACAAUAAUAUUCCUGACCCAGAUCUUGUUUUGUAUACCGGACCUCAUUGUUGCACUUAUGGUCUGUUGCCAUGGCAAAUAAGACUUACAGAGUUCAUUCAACUCUCCCUAGAGCAUAGUGUAGAUAUUUCUAGCUAUAUAGGUGCAUUAUAUAAAUAUAAUAAAUGUGAUCAAAGAUUUGGUAAGUAGCUAAUUCUAUAUCACCCAUGUAUAAGGCAGGCCUAAUUGUAAGUUGUAAUUUAUUGAAAAACUAAAUGAAUUUGUCAUAGUAUUUUGCUACUGCUUUUAAAUUGAACACCAUUAAUUAUUUCGUGAUAUAUUAGAAAUGUAUGACAAUGUAAAUAUUUACGUUAUUCUAAAUUAAUGAGUGUUUCUUAAACAAUGUACCUGUAUGAAUUGGUACGGUAUAUUGAUUUUAUUGUUCACUUUAAUGAAAAUUGUAAGGAUUUUAUUUUAGUUAAAUUCCGUAAUAAUUGUUUGAAAUGACUAAAAGACUGCAUCAUGGAUUUUGUUUCUGAUAUAUACAAGAGUCAGAUCAAUUAUCUAAUAAUUAUGAUAAAAUAAAGAAAUCACAAAAAAAUAGAACCAUAUUAAGUAAAUGCGUACUUUACGUUUUUUUUUUUUGGUGGCUUCACUUUUCGAAUGUCGAGUGUUUAUGUUACAAAUUUACAUUGAUAAUAAGAACAAGCUAAAAAACCAGUAAUAAAGCCAUGUUAACUUUAUUGAUUUUUGUUGAUAUAUAUAUAUUUUUUUACAUUGACUUCUAAGCAACUUGCUUGAAGUCUGAUCAGUAACUAGAGAUGAUUUAAGCCACUAUUA